UUCUUUAUGAAAUUACUGUUGUGUUGUUUUGUGAUUAUUAUCCCAUCCCAAAAAGAUUGAGAUGGAAAGUCUGCGGUUCCGCCCCCUAUUUUUAGUUUUGUUUUAGUUUAGUUGUAAAAUGACUUCAUAGUUUUUAACGAAUGCUAAAUAUUGUUAGCAGAGUGGUUAGAAAUCCUUUUUUUGUGUGGUGCUUUUGUUGGUUUUGUAAAAUAAUCGUUUUAUGAUGCAAAAUUAAUGUGAUUCAGUUGACAAGCAAUUUAUUAGUAUUCCCAACGGUUGUCAACUUAAUUGUUUACAAUCUAGAAAUUGAACUCUUUAUGCCCUUUUUAAAAAGGUUAAUUAUUCAGUAUAAUAUUGGUAUGGUUACAUAUCUACGAUGACGGUUGAUUUUAAUGAUUACUUUUGGGGGGAGAAAAAUAAUGGAUUUGAUGUCUUAUACCAUAACAUGAAAUUUGGUUUAGUUGCUAGCAAAGAAUUUGCUGAUUUUCUUAGAGAAAAAUCAAAUUUAGAAGAAAAUAACUCAAAGUUAUUGAGUAAAUUAGCGAAACAAGCAAGUACUUGUUGUGUGCAAGGUACAUUUGCACCAUUAUGGCAAGUAUUGAGGACAUCGGCGGAGAAAUUGUCUCUCCUUCACAUGCAAAUGGUACAAAAAGUGACAGAUUUAGUCAAGGAAGUGAGCAAGUACUCCGAUGAACUGCAUAAAAAACACAAGAUGGUAAAGGAGGAGGAAUCCGGGACGCUGGAGGCAGUCCAAGCCAUGCAGACGGUGACAAUAAACGUUCAAAAAUCUCGUGACAUCUAUACACAACGCAGUUUGGAAUUAGAGAAGUUACGCAAAGAAAGCAAUUCUCCCAAAGAGAUAGAAAAGGCGGAAUUGAAACUGAAAAAGGCACAAGAGGAUUACAAAAGUUUCGUAGAUAAAUACAGCAGCGUUAAAGAAGAUUUCGAGAAAAAGAUGUCCGUAACGUGUAAAAAUUUUCAAGAAUUGGAAGUCAAUCAUCUGAUGCAUAUGAAGGAAUUUCUCAAUAAAUACGCCGAUGUUAUAGAUUGGACACAUCAAGAAAUGGGAACUGUACAUUUAGAAUUUAGACAGCAAUGUAUAGAUUUAACAGUAGAUCAAUUACUUGAACAAUUCGUAAGGAGCAAAUCAACAGGACUCGAGAGACCAGGCGUGUUGAAUUUGGAUGACCCACUCACGUCCCCCACACUGACGGAGGCAGAACCAAAGCCAACAAAGAAAGAAGGUAAUGGUCAAAAUGAACAAUCCGUGCCAACACAUGCCAAAACAUCUCGUCGAACAACCUCUCUCUUAAACCUCUUCAUGUCUAACUCCCAGGGAUCACGUGAAAGUCGAGCAGGUCCUUGUAGCGCGCCUUCGAGCCCGACGACUCCGGAAGGCGAGCAGCAGUUAACGAGACACUCCAAUAGAGGAUCCAAGUGGUUUUUAAGAAGUAGAAGAGAUAAAACUAAACAGAAGAAAACAAAGAAAAAAAGCAAAGAUAAUGUUGAUAAUCAAAGCAAUAAGGAAGAAAAAUCAGAUCUUGAGGAAAAAGAUGAUUCUCAACGAAGCCAAAGGACCACGGACACAGGGGAUCCUUCUACUCAAGAAGUCGAUGAAGAUGGCUUUGUGAUAAGACAGGACGUGUCUCAUAAUUGGAACAGCGAAAAGGGUAGUUUUUAUUCAUCAUCCGAUUCUGACUCAGAUGAAGAUAGAGAACGCAAAAUUCACGUAGAAAUCAAACCUUUGAACAACGGAUCGGCUCCGAUGUCCGCUUCAGUCGAUGAACUAAGAGCAACCGUCGGAAAUUUGUAUUUGUCUCCCACAGGAGGUUUCGCGAGACGCGGAUCGAACAUGGAUUCCGGAAUUGAAAAGAUGAAGAGAUCGCAAUCGGUUUCGCAGCAAUUGCCAAGUAGUGAUCUAUUGGGCCUAAAUUUCCUUCAAAGUCCCACUGCCUCGAAUGCUUCCACGCCGACUAGUUCUCAUCCGUACGCUCCCUUGCAGAGCCCUUCACAGCUUGCGUUGAAUUCCCCUACGCUCUCCUCCUCUUCUAGAUAUGCAGAAUUAGGAGACAUUUUUUCCGAAGACGGGGAACUGCAGCAGCCCCCGUCGAAGCAGCAUUCUCAGCGCCAAACGCCGACUCCAACGUCUGGCUACAUGUCAAUUCCACGACCGCCUUCGCGUCGUUCCGAUCCUUCUAGGAAUCUCAUGAAUCAAAGUACAAUAUCUCGUGCCGAUAGUAUAAAUAGUUUAGAAUUUCGUACUGCUUCGGUCCCCAUUGGCGUUUCCAGAGGCCCUAGUCCUCUAACCAUAGGCAUGGCGGAUACUAUUCCUCUUGCAGUGGCUUUUCACGAGAUUGUCCAUUCGUAUUUCAGAGGCGCCGACGAAUCACGGUGUCAAGUUAAGAUGUCUGGGGAAAUGAUGCUGUCAUUUCCAGCUGGGAUAGUAACGAUACUUGCGAAUAAUCCUAACCCGGCUAAGUUGGUAUUUCGGGUUAAAAAUACGUUCAGGCUAACCAGCAUAUUGCCCAAUACUCAGUUAAUCAAUUUAGAGAAUGGACAAUCCGCCGCAGAUUAUGUAACUAUCGAAUUUAAUAUGUUCGCUUUGAGUUCAUUGUUAAAGAAGCAGUCCGAACAAAAUCCAAGCGCCUCUUAUUUUAAUGUAGAUAUAUUAAAAUACCAGAUCAAACCCAAAGCAGGGGCAAAUUCUUGUCCGUUUCAACUAGUCGCUUAUUGGAAGUGCUCGAGUGCUCAUACAGAUUUAAAAAUUGAUUACAAGUAUAACUCUCACGCCAUGAGUUCGCCGACUCCAUUACUGAACGUAACUGUUGCUGUUCCUGUACCUGGAAUAGUCAAAAACAUGCAAACUAAACCUACAGCACAAUGGCCGACAGAGAAUAACAGAAUCGUAUGGAAGUUCACUGAAUUGUCUCAGCAUUCAGAAAAUCAUGGGGUAGGAUCCGUAGCGGCUCGGUAUGAUCUUGAAAGUGGUCCGGGCACACCGCAAACCGUACUAACGCAGUUCAAUUGCGAGGGCACGACUUUGUCCGGUAUCGAUUUCCAACUUGCAGGUCCCGGUUACCGAUUGUCACUAGUCAAAAGAAGAUUCGUAUCCGGUAAAUAUAUCUGCGAUGGGGAUCAAAAAUUUAGUUCUGGUACAGGUACUCCAUCUACGGUCUCCACGGUUUCUUCUGUCGGAGACCAAAAUUGCUAGCAUUCCUACAUAUCCUGUGCAAUACCCGUAUUCUAUAAUUUUACGUUAGUUUCACUAUUUUUAUUUAUGACCAUUUCCAUGUUAAAUAUAGCAUAUUAUAUAGUUUAUGAAUGAUGCUAUUUUAUAUUCAAAUAAAGGUUAAAGCAAUAUAUUCUUUGAGACAUCCAUAAUUAUAUGUCCUGUAUUUAGUUUUGUGCAGUUUUCUUAAAAAUUUUCGGAAAGCUUGAUACUAUUUUUGUUUUUUUAUUUAAUCAUUUUCUAUUCGUUCAUGAUGAAACAAGGUGUGUAGGUAGAUAAAUGAAAACAUCUUAUAACAGAAAACUUUUAUGUAUUUUUUACUUUCGACUUAAUAAAAUAACACAAGUGCGUUCGAUGUUACACUAAAUUAAUCAAUACUUUUGCAAGCAAAUGCAUCUACACAAAAUAGAUGGUUAUUAAAGUUUAUGUUGUUUUUUUUCUGAAAUUGUUUGACGGAAACAUGAAUGUAUGGUUUAAAAAAUCUCAUUUUUGAUUUGUAAAAAUGGGACGUUUGGUGAUUUUGGCUAAGGAAUAGAAAAACAAAAAAUUCCUGCGAUCAGUUUUGACGGAUUCGGUUUUUGACUGUUGGACGCAAGGAAUAAAUAUUAAGCAUUUGUAGACCAGUAUAUUUAGAAAAGAAAUUGGCAAUUUGCUUAAGUUCAGUAAAUAUAAAAACUAGCUAAAUUAACGUUUAAAUAUAUUUUUUCGUAAAACUUUAGCUCUUUAAAAAUUGGCAUAGAAAUUUUACCAAUUACCCUAGUAGAUUUGUUUAAAUUUAAUUAAUGCGUAAUGCCUUAUUACAGACGGAGAUACAGAAUUGCAAAUGCUGAUAUAGAUGUAUAUUAUAUAAUAUGUAAUACUAUUUAUUCAAAAUUUUCAUUUGAACCUACUAGGACUAUAUGGUAGAAACACGUUUAUUAAAGUUAAUUUGAUUAAUAUAUUCAUACACAUAUCCCUAAAUAUACUGAACUACGUUGUUACAAAGGUAAAGCUGAGCUUAAUAGCUAAAUAAGGACUGCAAAGAGCAUAUCAAAUACCAUGAUACAUUUUCAUAUUAAAAUUGGUCUUCAUACAAAGAUGUAACACGGUUCGGCUCACAAAAAAAACUUUGUUGAACAGUAAUUAUCGAAAGUUCUACCCUGUUGAGAGUCUCACGGGCUUGUGAUUCAUAUUAUCUUCGUUAUGAUCUACUGUUCAUUCCUCCCAGUGAUGUUGAAAUGAUUCUUAGAUCUUGACAAAUAUGGGUCUUCUAAAUUAUUCUAUCUCGAACACGAAGGUUUUAAAC